AGAUGUUUUUCGUAGUUAGUAUCCAUUGGUCUUUCCAAAGACAUACAAACAAGUUGAUACACUCCUCACGCUCUGCAGUCAUAGGCCGCACUUGUCUGAAAAUGAAUUCAAUUUACAAAGUGUUAUUGUUAUUAGUAACUUUUUUGGCCAUUUUGUGCGUCCAAAGAUCUUCGUGCCAAGUAGACUGGGGUGGAAUUUGGCCACAAGCGAUACAAACAACAACCAUUGUAUCAACUACUAAUCAAGAUCCUGCUUCAAUUACCACAUUAGCAUUCCGAGCAUGCUUCGAUGCUUGUCAAACAGUACAACAUUACAAUCCAGUAUGUGGAAGUGACGGUAUAACGUACAAUAACCAGUUUCGGUUACAAUGUGCGCAAAGGUGUGGCAGACGAAUCCAGAGCGUUAAAUGGGGCACAUGCUCUCCGCUAUCAUAAAUAACCAACAAAAUCUGAUUAAAUUAAUUUAGUUUUCAUUUAUACAUAGUUUAAAAACAAACUCAAUAAACUAUUAUAGAACCAUUUUUUUUAUUUCCUU